CUUCGUCCCUCGGUAGCCGCGCUAUCUGCUCUUACCUGGCAACUCAGUAUGGAAAGGACGACUCUCUCUACCCCAACAACCCGAAGGCCAGGUGCCUGGUCGAUGCCAGGCUCUACUUCGACAUGGGCACACUAUACCAGCGCUGGGCAGACUACGCUUACCCAGUUUUCCAUGGGGAGAAACCAGAAGAGUCCAAGCUGAGCAAGGUGAAGGAGGCACUGGGGUGGCUGAAUCUCUUCCUGACUGACUUCACCUACGCUGCCGGGAACAAGAUUACUAUAGCUGACAUAUGUCUGGUGGCGACGGUGUCGACGAUAGAGGCGGCAGGCGUGGAGCUGGACGAGUACACGCGCAUCCAACGUUGGCUCAAGAAAUGCAAGACACAGAUGCCAGGCUACAAGGAAGCCAACGGUGAUGGGGCACAGGCCAUCGGGGAGCUCUUAAAGCCCAAGUUACAGAAUAAGACAGAGUGACUGUGGUGUUCCUUGGUCGUUCACGGCCCACAGUGU